AUGGCUUCUCCGCGCGUAUACUUCCCCGCUUCAUCUCCGCGCAGCUUCGCGCCAACCACCCCCACUAGCCAGCUUCUAGGGGACUCCUCCGUAACCCAAGGAUCAGGAGGUGGCAGUUCGGUGGGGUUAGAGGAGCUUCAAGAUGCGUACUUGUCGGAGCUGCUCUCCUACAGCCUGGAUCGAUUGAACAAGGAACCAGAGCUGCUGCGCGCCGAUGCGGAGAGGGUGCAGCGGCAGAUGCAGGAGGUGGCGGUGGCGCAUUACCGCGCGUUCAUCACCGCCGCUGACGCCAUCCGGUCCAUCCACCGCGAGAUCAACUCCGUCGAUCAACACCUGGGGUCUCUGGUGUCGGGGAUCCCUAAGCUAACCACCGGGUGCAAUGAGUUUCUGGAAGAGGCUCAGGGGGUGAUGGAGAAGAGACGGCUGAACAAGACAAUGCUUGCCACCCACCCCACGCUCAUGGACCUUCUAGAGAUCCCACAGCUCAUGGACACCUGUGUGCGCAACGGCAACUACGACGAGGCCUUGGACCUGGAGGCGUUCGUUGCGAAGCUCGCCACCACGCAUGCCAAGCUGCCUGUGAUUCAGCAGCUGGCGGUGGAAGUGAGGCACACCACGCAGGCCAUGCUAUCACAGCUGCUGCUUCGACUGCGCUCCAACAUCCAGCUGCCCGAGUGUCUGCGUGUGAUUGGCUAUCUACGGCGCCUGGCGGUUUUCUCUGAAACAGAGAUGCGACUUCAGCCCUCUCCUCCUGUCUGUCUACCUCCUCCUCCCCACCUCUCGUACCCUUUCUUCCCGCGCUCCCCGUCCUUCUCUCCCCCCUUUCAGUUCCUGCGGUGCAGGGAGGCGUGGCUGGGGGAGGUGGUAUCUGAGCUGGACCCGGCCUCCCCCUACGACUAUCUGAAGCGCCUCACCGACUGCCACCGCGUGCACCUCUUUGACGUCGCCACGCAGUACCACGCCAUCUUCGCCCACCACUCCUCCUCAUCCCCAGAUUCAUCGAACCUGGACGAGGAUUCGGCCGCGCUCGCGGCUCUGCUAGGGGACGGGGGAUACUGUGGCAUGAGUCUUGGCCGAGUGGGGCUGGACCUCAGAGGCCUCUGUCGAGUUGACCCAAAAUACUGUGGCAUGAGUCUCGGUCGAGUGGGGCUGGACCUCAGAGGCCUCCUGCCUCCCCUCUUUGAAUCGUGUGUGCUGCGGAUGUUUCAGCGCAACAUCUCCUUUGCGGUUGACUCCUUCCAUCAUGUGUUGGAGACGCACAGAUGGGUACCUCUCCCCUCCAUGGGCUCCGCUGCUCGCAUGGGCCUGGGAGGUGAAUCCCUUGAUGACGUGGCGCCACCCUAUUCGCUCAUGGAGCACCCACCACUGGCCGCCUUCGUGAAUGGCAUACUGGCAGCGCUGAACGAGUUAAGGCACUGUGCGCCAACCUCCCUGAAGCAGCAGCUGGCAGGGGAGGUGGAGCGGGCGCUGGCAGUGGUGGCGGGGUCACUGGGGCGCUACAGUCACACGCACAUAGUCAAGGACUCCGAGGCUGCUCUCUUUAUUAGCACGUGCAAGGCGUUUGUCGAGGUGGUGUGCCCCUACGUGGCUGUGUGCUUCUCCCGCUGCUACGGCUCCCCUGCCACUCUCGUUUCCACACAAGCAGCCUGCGAGCCUGUGAAGCAACUCAUUCUUGCCUCCAUGCCACCUGCUGCCGCUGCCGAUGCUGAUGCCGAUGCUGCUGGGGUGGAUGAGGGGCAGGAGGGGGGGGAGGCGGCAGAGGGAAGGAGAGGAGAUGGGGAGGCUGGGGAAGGAGAGGGGGGUAAAGGGGAGGAGAAGGUGGGUGAGGGUGUGAGGGAUGGUAGUGGAGGUGAAAAUGUUUCCACUGAUGGUGAUAUGGCGCCUGAUGGCCAAUCAGUAGCAGGAGGGGGAAGUAGAGGAGAGGGGGGAGCAGCAGGAGGUGAAGGGACAUCCGUGCAAGAGUUGAAAGCAGCCGCACCUGUAGGUACAGGAGCAGAUGAGACGAGAUGA